GGAGACGGAAGGCGUGGGGGGAAGGCGCGGGCGGAAGGCGGGGACGCGCGGCGCGGGCGGUCCUCGGGCGCGCACCGUUCUCCUCUCUCUGGGUCUCGGAAGUCUGAGCCAGUGACCGGCGGCGGCUGCAGUGUGUGCGUCCCUGCGGCCUCGGAAAAUCCUGCAAAAAUGUCUCUGUACCCAUCUCUUGAAGACCUGAAGGUAGACAAGGUGAUUCAGGCUCAAGCUGCCUUUUCUGCAAACCCUGCCAAUCCAGCGAUUCUAUCUGAAGCUUCUGCUCCCGUCUCUCAAGAUGGAAAUCUCUAUCCUAAACUGUAUCCGGAGCUCUCUCAGUACAUGGGCCUGAGUUUAAAUGAAGAAGAAAUGCGUGCAAAUAUGGCCGUGGUCCCUGGAGCACCAAGUCAGGGGCAGUUGGUAGCAAGAGCUUCCAGCAUGAACUAUAUGGUGGCUCCUGUAACUGGUAAUGAUACUGGAAUCCGCAGAGCAGAAAUUAAGCAAGGGAUUCGGGAAGUCAUUUUGUGUAAGGAUCAAGAUGGAAAAAUCGGGCUCAGGCUUAAAUCCAUAGAUAAUGGUAUAUUUGUUCAGCUAGUCCAGGCCAAUUCUCCGUCCUCGCUGGUUGGUCUGCGAUUCGGGGACCAGGUGCUCCAGAUCAACGGGGAGAACUGUGCUGGCUGGAGCUCCGACCGAGCACACAAGGUGCUCAAGCAGGCUUUUGGAGAGAAGAUCACUAUGACCAUUCGUGACAGGCCCUUUGAACGGACAAUUACCAUGCACAAGGACAGUACUGGACAUGUUGGCUUUGUCUUUAAAAAUGGAAAAAUCACAUCCAUAGUGAAAGAUAGUUCUGCAGCUAGAAACGGUCUUCUCACGGAACACAACAUCUGUGAGGUCAACGGACAGAACGUCAUUGGACUGAAGGACUCUCAAAUCGCAGACAUACUGUCAACAGCUGGGAAUGUAGUUACUAUUACAAUCAUGCCUGCUUUUAUAUUUGAACAUAUUAUUAAACGGAUGGCCCCGAGCAUUAUGAAAAGCUUGAUGGAUCACACCAUUCCUGAGGUUUAGAAGCCGCGGCGCAGUGGAAACUUCACUCAAGUUCUCCCGUUUACAUCUCUGGCAACGUACCUUUCUAUUAUGCACAUGAAGCUUUCUAGGAGCCAGCAGGCGUAUUUCCUGUCUUACAGCAGGGCUGGGGAUCUUACUGUCUGAUCCGGUAUCUUGUUCAGACUUCAAGAUAGUUGUAGCCUUAUCCUGAUUUUACAGUUGAAAGACUUACUUUUGUAGACUAGUGUGUCUUUACUGGAGACCGACUGAUACAGGCUCAGCUCUGUUGGAACCAGUCACCUUCAGUCUUGGGUAUCAGGUAGUGCUGUUCAUAUCACUUUAGUUCUAUGGUAUAUGUGCAUUUUUACUGUUACCCAUAGUACAUUUAGAAUGAUUACUUUUUUCUUUCAGUUCUGUUUGUAUAAAACACCAAUUAAGUAACACUGGUUUCAUUCCAUGUAAGCAUUAUUAUAUAGUGUUGUUAAACGGACACUAGCCCAGAGCAGUGUAACGGUACAUGCUGAGCACAGCACAGCUGCUCAGCUGCAUUUGAGAUUUUCUAGUCCUUGGGUAAUGGAAACUUCUCCUCAGAGUUACCGGUAUCACUUUCUGAGAAAUGAAUCACUCUAUAUGUAAUGUAAAAAUUCUUGUGCUCAAUAGGAGAAACUUUGACUUCUUUUCCAUGUGUAGAUUAAGUGGGAUAAGACCUGGCUUUAGGCACUUACAUGUAACCCAGCUGCUCUGGGAUGUCUUAGAAUGCUAUCAUUUGUUCCAUUUCCUGACCCCGCCCUGCAAACAGAAUGACAGCGCCACUUCAUCCUGAUUUGUUUUUCCUUCUCUUUGGUUUAUGACUAUUCUAUUUUAAUUGAAAAUGUAUAAAUAAAGUUAGAGUUUAGUCUGUC